AUGGCUGGUCCAAACGCAACUUCUUUGAGAUUCAAGUGCUAUCCUGAAGCGGCGCCUAAGGAGGACGAGUUGGAGAGUCUGCUGCCCUAUUAUAACGUCCCGAAGCUAUCGGAGUUGAAGUGGGAGGUGACCAGGACGGCACGGCAUAAGGAGGAUCCUCUUGACUUCAUGACGGCUACCAACAAGAGGGAGGGGAUCUGGAGUGGCAAGAGUUUUAUGAGAACGGAACUGGGCUUAGACAAGAAAACUGAGCAGCUCAGAGUUGGCAGUCGUGCAGGCCUCCGUAACCUUGGGGCUACGUGCUAUGUGAACGCUCUCUUGCAGGCGCUGUUUGCCAUAAGGCCUUUCCGAUACGGUAUAUAUGCAAUACCUCGGGGAGAGGAGGGAGUGGAAAAUGACGAUAGAAAAUGGCUCAGGACCAUGCAGAUUCUCUUCGCCGAAAUGCAGGAAGGAGUGUCUGCCAGUUGCAGCACUUCAGUCGAGGCCUUCAUUACAGCGUGCAAGUUGAAUUCUGCAGUGCAAGAGGACGCGAGCGAACUGGCGACAAUGCUCCUGAGUAACGUGGAGAGUAAGAUUCCCCCGGGUUUCCCUAACUUCGUCCAGGAUACGUUUUGUGGCAGCAUCCGGUAUAGCACGCAAUGCAGUCAAUGUGGCAAUAGCGUACAGCGGUCCGAGCGGUUGUCAGAAAUUAGAGUUUGCCUGAACUCAUCGGAACCGUUGAAGUUGGAGGACUCCUUGGCGAGGACGUUCGAGAAGGAGGCUUUCUCGGAUUACCACUGUUUGAAUUGCGAAGGUCGGGUGGAGGCCCUUAGGGGGAAGAGGUCUCCGACUUUGGAGGAUACGAUUGACGAGGCAUCACCGGACGCGCCAACGGGGAGCUCGAAAACUGCAUAUAUGCUGAUUUAUACGAGAGAAGACGCCGUGGUGAAUGCGGAGGGGGCAGCUGUCGAGAAGGAGGAGGAGGAAACGCUAUUACCACGAUGGCUCAAGGAAGAGGUUGGAGAGAUCAACUCGAAGGUGACCUCGGAUAUUGAGCAUCUCGAACAAGCGGCCAAAGCGGUGGAAUCGGCAAGAGACAGUCGGCAGGAGCAAGUGAAGUCCUUUAUGUCGACUGUUACGGCCCUUAAGGAAUCCACUGGUGCCUCUUUGAACUCUCUUUCCUUCAUCGCGUCAAAGUUCAUACUAGAGUGGUGGACAGGGGAGGAUGUGAAGGCCAAGUUGGAGGAGCAAUUCGGUGCCGAUCGGCAGAGUAAAGGGUGUGUGUCGAUAGGCGAGUCGCCGGCGAGAGUAGCGGCUGAGGAGAGCGUGGACCUUGCGGAAGGUCUAGUGUGCCCUCAUGGGAAGACCUCGGACCAUGCGGAGUCCAGCAAGUACGUUGGGCGUCCUAUGGAGUGCGUGGAGAGGCUUAUCGAUGCGUCGGAGCAGCUUGCUAUGGCCCUACCGGGAGUUCAGCCUAAGCUUGAGAUGAGCCGUUGGGUAAUGCGGUCGGAGCCCCUCUGCCCAGAGUGCAACAAAGAGAAAUUAGAGGAAGCCCAGCAGGCCGGGGAGGAGCGCGAAAAGUGCCAUGAGCUGCUCGAAAGCGAUGGGAAGGCGGAGCUGGACGACAUACCGACUGACUUGGACGGCGGCGGCGGGUGGUCGUAUCUGUUGCCGAAGAAAUGGUUUUUGAAUUGGCGGGAGUAUCUGAAAAGGUUUUGCAGGGGGGGAAAAGAAAAUGGGAAAAAAGAGGAAGCGAAGAGUGUUAGGAAAAUCUAUCGCUCGCUGCUUGUGUGCGAUCAUGGCAAUUUACGGUUUGACCCGAGGAGUCGCGGCACCUACGACAACAAAAUGGUGGUGGUCUUGAAUGAGAAGGAGGGGCGUUAUAUCGAGGAGAAGUACGCCAAUGGAGACAACCCUCUCCCUAAGGUCCGUCGCGUGGCAGAUUCCGAUGGUUUUGUAUUCGACCCUCCCGUAUGCGAUGAAGGCUGCUGCACUACUCUCACCGAAAGCAACGAACUUAACAGUCUUCGCUCGGGCAAAAGGGUACCUCAUCCUGAUACGGUCUACACUGAUGUCACGAUGAAGGUCCGAAGGCAGACAGGACGGUUCGGGCGGGGGACUCCUAUGAACAGUGUUGAAAAGGUCUCCAGCUCCUCGACUGGCUACGACUUGAAAAUGCUCAUGUUGAGCCAGGGCGUGAUUGACUUGCCCCCGCGGUGCUUCUCUCUGUGUAUCAACUCGGACGGCGUCACCCAAACUGUUCAUUUGAACGACGAUACUGUUCUUGGGAAGGUGUGCAGCUGGCCCAAGGCGGCGUCGCUGUACGUUACUGUGGAUCCCUCUAUAGAGCUGAGCUACGACGAACGUAUGAGUGAGGUCUUCGCAGUGGUCGAUCAGUACAACGAGCAACAGAAGGCGAAGUCACGGCCUGACUCAGAUGUGGCCAUGGGUGAUGAUGAUGAUGAUGUUGUCACUCUAGACGACGCUGAUCCGCCCCCUCCUCGCCAUCGAGAUGAAGGAGGCCUUCAGGGUAGCGUCUUUCGUGAUCUGCUUCCCCCUUCCUCCUCCUCCCCUCCCUCAGCGGCUACCCCCGCUACUGCAAGUGCUGCUGCCACAAUCUGUUGAUAAUAAUCGAGUUUCAUC